AUAUCACACACACACACACACUGAAGCGUCGGUCACAGGUCACUAAAAUCUCACAAGUACGGCCACUCUCUCUCUCUCUUUCACACACACACUUUCUUUCCUUCCUCCCUCCCUCAAUUACAACACACUACUUUUUUUUUAUACAUUCAUCUAUACAUACAUAUAUAUCUAUAUCUAUAUCUAUAUAUAUAUAUAUCUGUAUCAUCAAAUUCAUACUAGUAACUACAUAGCUCAAUUAAUCGCAGAUCCAAAACCCUAAGGUGCAUAGCUCCAAUAACCAUUGCCCAAAGCUACUGCAUCUCUAGGUGUAGUUUUAGUAUCAUCUGCAUUUGUUCAUUUGGCAUCCUCAGGAAAGCUGUCAAAUUUUAUUCUGUAUGCUUCAUCCGCCUGAAAUUUACUUGCAUGUAAGCCAUCAGACAGUAUGAUGAUUCAAAUGAUUAUAUGGUGAUGGGGUGGUUUUCUAGUGCCCAGUGCCUCAGAUGAGUUGUAGGAUGCUUGACCAGCACAACAAUGGGCAUUUACCUCAGAGUUUUUCAAGGGCCAUUGUUAUUGUACUUCCUAUUUCUCUCUUGUCUGGUGAACAAAUUCCAAGGACUCACUACUGAUGGUGAAGCUCUUGUUAAUUUUCGAACAAACAUUGUUACUUCGGAUGGCCUGCUUCGUCAGUGGAGGCCAGAGGAUCCCGAUCCCUGUGGAUGGAAAGGGGUAACCUGUGAUUUGAAGACCAAAAGAGUUGUAUAUCUGAAUCUUUCAAAUCACAAACUGAGCGGACCCAUAUCGGCAGAUAUUGGAAAGCUAGAUCGUUUAAGAUUUUUAGAUCUUCAUUACAACAACUUUUAUGGGGCAAUUCCUCCUGAGUUAGGAAACUGUACAGAGCUGCAAGGAUUAUUUUUGCAGAAUAAUUAUUUAAGUGGCUUUAUUCCUACCGAAAUAGGAAAUCUUUCAAAGCUUCAAACAUUGGAUUUCUCUAGCAACUCUCUUAGUGGAAGUAUACCCACAUCACUUGGAAAAUUGAGAAACCUUUCAAUUUUCAAUGUCUCCAACAAUUUUCUGGCCGGGCCAGUCCCAUCAGAUGGUGCUCUUGGUCAAUUUGGAACCAACUCUUUUCUUGGAAACCGUGGCUUGUGCGGUGAGAAUAUAAAUCAGUUGUGCAAAAAUAACACUGGAGGUUCAGCAGGCUCACAGCCUACAGGAAGCCAGAGUGUGAAGAAGAACUCUGGACGGCUACUUAUCAGUGCUUCUGCUACUGUGGGUGCCUUGCUCUUGGUUGCACUUAUGUGUUUCUGGGGUUGUUUUCUCUACAAGAAACUUGGUAAAAAUGAAGUCAAAGGUCUUGCAGUGGAUGUCAGUGGUGGUGCAUCAAUUGUGAUGUUUCAUGGAGACUUGCCAUACUCUUCAAAAGAUAUAAUUAAGAAGUUGGAAACUUUGAAUGAGGAGCAUGUAAUUGGUGCCGGAGGCUUUGGAACAGUAUACAAACUGGCUAUGGAUGAUGGAAAUGUAUUCGCUUUGAAAAGAAUAGUCAAGUUAAACGAAGGAUUUGAUCGUUUCUUUGAGAGAGAGCUUGAAAUCCUUGGAAGUAUUAAGCACAGAUAUCUAGUGAAUUUAAGAGGAUAUUGCAAUUCUCCAACAUCGAAGCUGUUAAUUUAUGAUUACUUAUCAGGUGGCAGUCUAGAUGAAGCUCUUCACGAGAAAGCUGAGCUACUUGAUUGGGAUUCCCGGCUUAACAUCAUCAUGGGAGCUGCAAAAGGGUUGGCCUAUUUGCAUCAUGAUUGUUCUCCACGAAUCAUACACCGAGAUAUAAAAUCAAGUAACAUUUUGCUGGAUGGAAAUUUUGAAGCUCGAGUUUCUGAUUUUGGACUCGCAAAAUUGUUAGAGGAUGAGGAAUCUCACAUUACAACCAUUGUUGCUGGAACGUUUGGGUAUCUGGCUCCAGAGUAUAUGCAGAGUGGUAGAGCAACAGAGAAGACAGAUGUUUAUAGUUUUGGAGUACUUGUGCUUGAAGUUAUCAGUGGGAAGAGGCCCACCGAUGCAUCCUUCAUUGAGAAGGGUCUUAAUAUUGUUGGCUGGUUGAAUUAUCUAAUAACAGAAGAUAGGCAACGGGAAAUCAUUGAUGUGAACUGUGAGGGAGUUGAAUCAGAAACUCUUGAUGCUCUGCUUUCAAUUGCAAUUCAAUGUGUAUCUUCAACCCCAGAAGAUAGGCCUACCAUGCACCGUGUGGUACAAACACUUGAAUCAGAGGUUAUGACUCCAUGUCCAAGUGACUUCUAUGAUUCUGCUUCCGAUUAAGUUCCUUUCGGCUUUCACCUUGAUCAAAAUCAGUUUGUGUUUUCAUAUUAUUGAGAAUCACGACAAGAACGGGGCUAAGAGCUUUAACCAGUCUGCCAAACUUGUUUACGUUUUGUUACUAUAUUCUUUGAGUAGACCGACUAUAAGAAAUCUUGCCCUUUCUCUCGAGAUCCGGAAGCAGCGUCUACAAGUAUGUUCCUUUUGCAGUAUUUAUGCUCAAUCUUCUUGCCCAUGUGAUUAUAUUUUUGGGAAAAAUACAUCUUUCUUGUUGUUCCACCUUUUUCUUCUUGAUAUCACCAAAUGUAUAUUGAUGCUAGUUUCAACUGAUUUAUGUCACACUUUAUCUUGUUCAUGCCAUUUUUGUAUCAAACCCUUCUUUUACUA